GACAUUUAAAAUGAUUUAGUUAUCGUUUUAUAUUCAUUUAAAUAUGGCGUUACUUGACGACAGCCAAAUCAUAAUCGAAUUAGAACCGUACAUAUUUGUUGGUUCGACUUUGUUGUAAAAUUGAGCUAGUUUGACAGUGAUGUAUUUUUUUGCAAAAGCAAUUUUUGGUUGCAGAUUCGACCGUGGUUGCGCCUUUGGAUGGAAAUUUUAGCAGAAUAACGUGUUUAAUAAUUUUCUAAAGUACAGGGGUAUGUUUGAUGUAAAAAAUAGUAGGGGGACAUGUAUGAUAAAAAUUCAGAGUAGAGAGGUAUAUUUUACCUAAUGGUUUUUCAUCCAAACACUGAAGUCUCAACGAAAUUUUUUAAGUGAAUUUCUAAAAUAUCACUGAAAGUUUCACUUAAACUUUUUUAUUUUAUUUUAUUUUGUGUAGCCCUGUACCCCUAAUAAUUCCACUUUAAUAAAAUUCAGAGAAAUAAAUGAACAUUUUCCCUAUUAUUUUGCCGAGGACAUUUAAACCAUGGUUUGACCGUAGUUGACGAUUUUUGGAUGAAAAUUUUAACAUAAUGGUUUGAUAAUUUUUUCAAAGUACAGGGGGCAUGUUUGAUAAAAAAAUAGUAGAGUGACAUGUUUGAUAAAAAUGCAUAAUAGAGUUGCAUAUUAUACUUAUAACCUUAUGUAAGAAUCAAACAGCGUUUGUAAAAGGAAGAUUAUUGGAGAAAAUAUACUAUUAGCUCAUGAGCUAGUUAGUAAAUAUUCUCAGCAGAACAUUUCUCCCCGCUGUGCUUUAAAGAUUGAUCUAAUGAAGGCGUUCGAUUCAGUAGAUUGGACCUUCAUUAGUCAAGUUCUGAAGGGAAUGGGAUUUCCUGAGAGAUUUGUUACCUGGACCAGAAUGUGUGUGGAGACCCCCAUGUUGAGUGUGAGUUUCAAUGGGGGGGCUAGUGGGUUAUUUUCCUUCAAAAAAAGGUUUCAACAAGGGGAUCCCUUGUCCCCAUAUCUGUUUUCUAUUGCCAUGGAGAUUUUUACCUGUUUGAUUGACAAAUCUGCCUCUGGGGGGUUGUUUCCUUAUCAUCCAAUGUGUAAAGGUGUCCAGUUGACACAUUUGUGCUUUGCUGAUGACCUGUUGGUCUUCUCUAAUGGUUCAAAUUCUGGGUUGUUUGAGUUGCAAAGAAUUUUGGCUCAGUUUAAGAAGCUCUCAGGUCUGAAAUCCAAUCCUAGCAAAUGUGAAAUCUUCUUUGGGGGAAUUGAUAAAGAUGAGAGAAAAGUGAGGGCUUCUAGAUUUGGCUACCAGCUUGGGGAAUUCCCAGUUCGUUAUCUAGGAGUUCCACUGAUUUCUGGGAAGUUAAGUGUUGCUGCCUGCAGACCUCUUAUUGAUAAGCUCCUUGCUCGUGUUAAGAGUUGGCAAGCAAAAUCAAUUUCCUAUGCAGGAAGAAUUGAGCUUGUGGGAGCUGUUUUAUACAGUAUAACACAGUUUUGGAUGUCUAUCUUUUUGCUCCCUAAGUCUCUUAUUAAAGAAGUUGAGAAGAUUUGCAGCCAUUUUGUCUGGGGAGUUGGCAGUGGUAUGAAGUUGAGGGCAAAUGUUGCUUGGCAGAAGUUGGCUUACCCUAAGAAAGAGGGAGGACUGGGGUUCAGGGACAUGUACAGUUGGAAUCGGGCAUGUAUGAUUCGACACAUUUGGUUAAUACUACUUCAAGAAGGUUCUAUUUGGGUUGCUUGGGUUAUUCGUUACAAACUGAAAGGUAGAGACCUCUGGUCUUAUACCUGCACAUCAGCCUCCUGGAACUGGAAGAAACUCUUGAAGUUGAGAAGUAAAGUGGAAUCACUGAUAUCAGUUCGUAGUGGUGCUCUCUUGAUUGAUAAUACUAUUAUGCCUCGCUAUUCAAUUAGGAAGAUAUGGAAACUGAUUAGACCUUGUCAACAAAGAGUGCCAUGGUGGACAAUCUUGUGGAAGGGAGUUACCAUUCCCAGAAACAGAAUUAUCACAUGGCUGCUUAUCAGGGGAAGCAUAAAUACUAAAAGGAAGAUGUUGAAAUGGGGUUUUUCAGGAGACGUGUCAUGUUGUUUGUGUAAGAUAGGGAUAGAUGAUAGGGAUCACCUGUAUGUUCAGUGUAUGUUCUCGAGGCAGAUGUUUGCUGCUCUUUUUUGCAGAUACUUGCAGAUGCCUAUGGUGCGUAACUGGGACGAGUUGAUGGCUUUCUUGAUUAGGAAGCUUGGUGGAUCGACUGAAGCUGCUGAAUCUGGACGUGCAAUCUAGCAGGCCUGGGUGAGCCAUUUAUGGAGGGAGAGAUGUAGGAGACUGUAUACAGGAGAAGCAAAAGAGUUCCAGGUCCUGUUGAAGAUUAUUCAGGGGGAAUUGAGUGUGUAUUGGGUUUGCAGAGGGUCUCUGAUUUUUGGUCAGUUAGUCUGCCUUAGAGUCUCGGUUCUUAUAGGUUUUGUUCUUCUAUGUUAAUCUUUGUUUCGUUGUUAUAUCCUAGUUAGCAGGGAAGUUGCUAGAAACCCAUUUUUGAUGAAUGAAGAUCCCACCAAUACAUCAAAAAAAAAUAAUGAUCACUCUUAGACAAAAUACACCUGCAUGUUUAUGAUUGGACGCAUUCUGGUUAGAUAGUGAUAAAAUCAUGUCUAUUCACUAUCGUGAUAUUCGGGUUCGGGCGUUAUUCAUACCUACUGAUAAUUCUUCAAAUUCAAGUUUUUCAUUAAUUAGGUCGCAUUCGUACAAAUAUCCACAAUUAUAGAUAUUUUUGUCACCCCUACUCAUUUCCCACGGACAAAGCAAAAUUAUGUUGAAAGUUUGUAAACGUCCAUGUCAAUGUCUUUCCAUUAACAAAGAAAUAGCAACAGUAUAAGAAUAAUUAUUAUUAUUAUCAUCAUCAUCAUAUGUCUAGAAGAAAGAACGAUAUCGAGAGGAGACGUUAAUUACUUGACCUUCAUUAAUCACAAAAUUUAGAAGGAGAGCUCAUAACUUAAUGAAUUAUAUUAAACAUGGCUUUUAAUUGUCUUUUAAUCUAACCUUUGUCAUUAUGGUGUUUAUUCAAACCAUUUUUUUUUGUUUUAAACCUUUAACCCUUUUGACAUCAAUGCAAAAACUAAGAAAUUAAUAUAUAAAACAAGCCCCUAAUUACUACUACAUAGUCAGUUUGCAAUAAAUAUCGGUUUCUAAAUGCUAUGACACCUAAAUACUCAUUUACACCUGGAAUUCCUUUCUUCCUUUUAAUUUUCCUUUUGAAAAAUAAAAUAUCUCCUACGACAAAUAAAACAUUGAGAACAAUUAACACCCAACUAGAUUUAAGGUUCUUAAUUUGAUUAUAAUUAAUUUUGGUAGAAAUACAACAUUAGCCAACGAAAAACUGCCACGUGGAGGGGUCAAUACAUGUCGGAUGAUACCUGAGAAGGACAUGAUUCUGCCCCCUCAUAGGAUGAACAAGGAAACUAAUCUUUGACUCCCUCGUUGACCAUUGAAUUUUCCAAAUUGACCCAUUUAAAUGUGAGUAAUUACUGUACUAACAUUUUACAAAAAUGCCCCUCCUCUCUAAUACCUCACUAAAACGCAUUCGGGCAA